UUUCCUCUCUUUCCCCUUUUCCUAGGGUUUCCUCUUCCGAUCCCUUGCCCCUUCCCUCCUCCUCCUCCUCCUCCUCUUCCUCCCCGCGAUCUCGUCGCGAAUUAGGGUUUGGAUCCCUCCGGAAGGUCCAAUUCUAGGGCUCCGAAGCGCGAUUCUUCGGGCAAUUCCGGAUCUUGGCGCUGCGGUCGCGGCGUUCUUGGAUGUGGUGGUUGGGGUUUUCUAGGGUUUGAGGCCUCCUCCAUGUUCACGCCGCAGCAGAAGAAGGGGUGGUCGUCGGGGUGGUCCCUGUCGCCGGCGAACCCGCGGGGCUCCGCCGCCGCCGCCCUCGGGAAGGGGAAGGGCGUGGCCGAGGCGGCGCCGCCGCCGCCGCCUCCGCCGCUGCCGGCGCCUCCUCAUGCGUCGCUGGGGGAGAACGGGGUCGAUGGGGAGGCCGAGGUGUGGAGGAGGUUUAGGGAUGCGGGGUUGUUGGACGAGUCGUCGCUCCAGAGGAAGGAUAGGGAGGCUCUCGCCCACAGGAUAUCGGAGCUCGAUAAGGAGCUACAUGAGUAUCAAUAUAACAUGGGACUUCUGUUGAUUGAGAAGAAAGAGUGGACUGCCAAAUAUGAAGAAAUGAGGCAAGGACUUGUGGAGGCAGAGGAGAUACUGAAGCGUGAGCAAACAGCGCAUGCGAUAGCCAUAACAGAAUUGGAAAAGCGUGAGGAAAAUAUUCGAAAAGCCUUGGGCAUCGAGAAGCAGUGUGUUGUUGAUCUUGAAAAGGCUUUACGUGAAAUGAGAUCUGAGAUGGCUGAGGUCAAAUUUACAUCUGAGAAGAAGUUAGCAGAAGCUCAUGCUCUAGAGGCCAGCUUGGAGGAGAAGCGCUUGGAGAUUGAAGCAAAGCUGCAUUCAGCCGAUGCCAGGCUAGCAGAAGCAAGCCGCAAAAGCUCGCAAGCAGCUAGAAAGUUGGAGGAUUUGGAAGCUCGUGAGCGUAAACUUGAGAAGGAGAAGCUGUCUUUUGAUACUGAACGCAAGACACGCGAGAAGCAUCUUACGGAACAAGCAGAACAUUUGCGGGAUUGGGAACUAAAGCUUCAAGAAAGCCAAAAUAGGCUUGUUGAGGGGCAGAGAUCCCUUAAUGAUCGUGAUGAAAGGGCUAAUGAGAAAGAUAGGGCCCUUAAGAAGAAGCAGGAUGAGCUUGAAGAGACCAGGAAAACAAUCGAGGCUAUGAAAAGCUCACUGAAACGAAUGGAGGAUGACAUUAGCACAAGACUUCACGCCUUAACUGCUAAAGAGAAGGAUAUGGAAACUAGGUUUGCAAACUUAGAGGUAAAGGAGAAGGAAUUAGCUGCCAAAGAAGAAAUGCUAAACGAAAGAGAAAGGGUGGGACUUCAGAAGCUUCUAGAUGAUCAUAAUGCGAUAUUAGAAUCGAAGAGGAAAGAGUUUGAUUUAGAACUACAAAAAGAGAAAAUUUCCUUUGACGAAGAGAUGAAAGAGAAAAUAAAUGCUGUGGAAAAGAAAAAUAAUGAAAUCAGCCGGAAAGAAGAUCAGAUUGCUAAAAGAGAGCAUACUUUAGAUAGCAAAAUGCAGAAGCUGAAGGAUAAGGAGAAGGAUCUUGAAGCAAAAUCGAAAGCUAUGAAGAAGUGGGAGGAGUCCGUGAAAGGUGAGGAUAGAAAGGUGGUAGAAGAAAAAGAACGGCUAGAGAGAGAGAAACAACAGUUGGAAAAUUCAAAGUCUGAGCUUGAGAGGUUAAAGGCUUUAGUAGAAGCUGAGAAACAGCAGAUUAUCAAGGAGCGAGAAAACCUUAAACUCACUGAGGAAGAGAGAGAGCAACAUUUCUUGUUAACAUCGCGACUAAAGCAAGAGAUUGAGGAAUACAAAAUGCAUAACGACUCAAUUUCUAGGGAAAGCGAAGAUUUGAGAGAGCAAAGGGAGAAAUUCGAGAAAGAAUGGGAAGUGUUAGAUGAGAAAAGAGUUGCCCUGGAAGCAGAGAUUAAGAAAAUUGAUGAAGAAAGGGAGAAAUUUGAUAAAUGGCGCCACAAUGAAGAGGAAAGGCUGAACAAUAUGGAGCUGGAAAUCGAAGCUAAGUGCUGGAGGGAGUUGGAGGAGCUUAGGCUGCGGAAAGAAGCUUUCGAGAGAGAAAUGCAACAUGAAAAAUCUGAAAUUGAGGAGUUACUUAAGAGGGAGCGUGCUAAUAAUGAUCGUAACCUUCAGUUGCAUAAACAUGAGCUCGACAUGGAAAUGGAAAGAAAGCUAAUUGAGAAGGAAAAGGAGAUGCAAGAAUUAGAGAGUGAGCUAAAAAAGAAAAUCGAUUUCGAAGAAAACAAAAUCAGAUAUGCUAUUGAUUUGAACGAGUCAAAAAUACAGAAGAUAAAGAUGGAGAAGGAGCAAUUAAGGAGGGAAGCAGAAGCACUUUUAGAGGACAAGCAGAAACUUGAAGUAGACAGAACUGAAAUUAAGAAGGAUAUAGAUAGUCUUAGUGUUCUUAGCAGGAAUUUGAAGGAUCGAAGAGAAGAGUAUGUCAAGGAGAGAACGCGUUUCCUUGCUUUAGCUGAGCAGUGCAGGGUUUGCAAGAACUGCGGGGUUAAAGUAAUCGACGACUUAGAUAUUCUUGGUCUACAAGAUACAGGAAAUGUGCAAAUGCCAAACUUGGCUUUUGAGGAGCAGUUAAAAUCUCCAAUUGCUGAAGCAUCUCCUGCGGGUACAAGCUUGAAUACGAACUCAGGUGGCCGCAUGUCGUGGUUACAGAAGUGCUCGCGGUUGUUUAAUUUCUCCCCCACAGGUAAAGGGGCUGAAAAGUCAACUGAGAUUGAGGCAGAGCCCACUUCCUUUGUAGAAAGGCUCGACGGAGAAGUUUCAGAAGGUGAGGCUGAUUAUGAGCCCACUCCCUCCUAUGGAAUUGCAAUUGAUUCUUUGGAUAAAGAUGGGAAUGAGCCAGAACCAGAGCCAUCCUAUGGAGUAGCGGAUAAUUCCACCGAUAUUUUGAGAAUUCAGUCAGAAAAUGGUGGUAACGUUCCCUCUCUUGAUCAAGAUAAUGAGAGGGAGGAAUCUUCUUUACCUGUUGAUAAUAACCAACCCGAGUCAUCAAAACGAAAGGGGGGGCGCCCACCCAAAAGGCGGACCACCUCAAAAGGCGUUAGGAGGACCCGCUCCGUUAAGGCAGUUGUUGAGGAUGCUAAAGCUAUACUUGGGGAGACCUCAGAAGGGAACAAUGAUUAUGGGGAUUCAAAAGGCUUCUCGAAUAUUCAAGAGGAAAGUCAGGAAGAGUCCGUUCACACUGAACUGGGAGCGACUAGUACGGGGAAGAAAAGGCGGUUUGACAAUUUGUCAGGAAUGAAAGCAGCUGAGGGGGAUGCAGAGGACAGUGAAGUCCAUUCUGAGAGUGUUUCUGUUGGUGGUGGGCGACGGAAAAGGCGGCAGACAUCCAGGCCAGCAGUUGCGCAGGUUCCAGGAGAAAAGCGCUACAAUUUCAGGCGCUCAACAAUUGCCGGUGCUGCCACAGCCGCCCAUGCAGUGCCCAAUCAGACCAAAGGACAAAACAAAGGUGGCCACAAGCAAUUACAGGAAAAUGAGGUAGAUAAUAGUCGUGGUGAAGGAGAAGCAACUUCAGAGCGGAAUGUAAAUAUGGCGCAAAGUGUAGUGGAAGUCCACGAGUUUGCCCAGAAUGUCGUGCAGCAGCUGGAAAUAGCCGAAACCCAUACAGUCGAGAGAUUGGCUGUAGACGGAACGGCCGCCACAGCAAUAGAAGCAGAAAUUGAACCUUCAACUCCAGUAGGCAGCGAAUUGGGGAUCGAGCAGGAUGAGGACGAUGAUGAUGAUGAUGAUGAGGACGAGGAUGAAGCCGCUGAGGAGAAGCACAAUGCUUCGAUAGGGAAGAAGCUUUGGACCUUCUUCACAACAUGAUUCUAUAAUUUCUCAUAAACCAUUUCCUCCUUUCCCCUUUCAUAGCCAGAAACUUAUACCCCCCCUCAUGUUGCUGAUAGGGUUUCUGUUUUGUAUUUCAUCAUAUGCUAGAACCUGUUUUUCUCAUGUUGGAAGCUAAGGUUGUGUGUGUACCAGAGGUUAGAUUGUUGAUGCAUGUAUUAUUGGUGUUCCCCCAUUUUCUUUUCUUUCUUUUUUUUUCUCUCUUUUUUUUUUUAAUUUUUCGGCUAGUAUAGCAGUAUGCUCCAAAUUUAAACUGGAUGCUUUUGUACAAUGACAACUCAUCUAAUUGACUUCUCUAGGGUCUUGUUCUUCGAUCG